AUGACUACUUUUCUGUUCCUAAUUUUUUUAUUUCUCAUGCAGCCAGCUUUUCAAUUAACAGACAGUGAAACUUUUUUGAUAUACAAUGAAAAUCUUCAGCUUUGCCUAAAACUUCAACAAUCUCAUUCCUUCUCCCUCGAGAUCUGCAACAAGCAUAGCGACCAGCAAAAUUUUAAGUGGGUAUCCGAUUAUCAGUUAUUGAAUAUGGCGGUGAGGCUAUGUCUGAGUGUGCCUUCAAACAAAAACAUGAUUCCAGUUACAGUGUCACCAUGCAAUAAAACCCUUAAUGUACAAAAAUGGGAAUGCAGAAAUGACACGCUUGCCCUUGCAACAGAAGAGCUGUUUUUAAAUCCUUCUAAUGGGCAUGAGAAUGGGGUUAUACUAUCAGCAAACGUCACCAAAAAAAGUGUUUGGAAGAUCUACAGAACAAAGAAAAACUUAUGUACCCAGAAAUAUGAAGCUCUAUUUACUAUAGAAGGCAAUGCCUUUGGAGCACCCUGCGUAUUUCCAUUCAAGUAUCUGAAUAAAUGGUAUGAUGAAUGCGUACUUGAUUCUGAUCACCAACGACUUUGGUGUGGAACAACUUCAGAUGUGGACAAAGACUCUUUAUUUGGAUAUUGUCCCAUAAAAGAUAAAAAUGAUAACUUUUUCUGGACCAAAAAUCACUGGACAGGAGAUCUCUACCAGAUCAAUUCGCACUCAACUCUAACAUGGGAUGAAGCAAGAAAAAGCUGUCAGCAACAAAUGUCAGAAUUAUUGAGCAUCAAUGAACUACAUGAGCAAGCAUAUCUGACAGGAUUAACACAAAGUUCAGAAGCCAACUACUGGAUUGGUCUUUAUAAUCCAGAUUUUGACAGUGGAUGGCAGUGGAUUAAUGACCAACCUUUAAAAUAUUUAAACUGGGCUCCAGGUAGCCCCUCUUCAGAAACAGGAAAAACCUGUGGAUUAUUCCAGAGUAGGAAUGGCAAAUGGGAAAAUGAUCUGUGUGACCUGAAGCAUGGAUACAUCUGUAAAAGAAUGAACUCUUCAAUGCAGGCAUCUACACCUUCUUCAGAUGAUCUUAAGCCAGUUAAAUGUCCAGAAGGCUGGGUUGGAUAUGCAAAGCACUGUUACCGUCUGAACAGAGAUCGCAAAACGUGGAAGGAUGCCUCAGUCUCUUGCCAAAAGGAUGGUGGACAUUUACUAAGUAUACGUGACAUUGAGGAAUACAGCUUUGUUUUUUCUCAGCUUGGUUAUAAAGCAACAGAUAAUUUGUGGAUAGGCCUAAAUGACCAGAAGGUCUCUUCAUCUUUUGAAUGGAGUGAUGGUACUACUGUGAGUUUCAUCAAAUGGCAGAAAGGAGAACCCACGCUUAUAAGCAACGUGCAGGAAGACUGUGUCAUCAUGACUGGGAAGAAUGGAUACAUGGCGGAUCAUUUCUGUGAAGAGGAAUUAGGAUACAUCUGUAAAAAAGAGUCUUCAGAAUUUCUUCCUGGAACAGACGAAGUUGCUGAUCCAAAAUGCCAGAAAGGCUGGAAAAGAUAUGGUUUCUAUUGUUACUUAAUUGGAAAAACACUUGGAACAUUUUCAGAAGCAAAGGCAUCUUGUGAAACAAAUCAAGGAUUUCUAAUCUCUGUGGAGAAUAGAUUUGAGCAGGCCUUCCUGACUAGCCAAAUUGGACACCGUCCUGAAAAAUAUUUCUGGAUUGGCCUUUCGGAUGUAGAGAAUCCAGGGACUUUCAACUGGAUCAAUGGAGACCCCAUUCAGUUCACUCACUGGAAUGCAAAAAUGCCUGGCCGAAAUCCAGGCUGUGUUGCCAUGAGAACGGGAGAUGCUGCUGGAUUGUGGGAUGUUGUCAAUUGUGAGGAGAGGGCCCCCUUCCUUUGCAAGCAUUUGGCUGAAGGGGUGACGCUUCCUACAAUCCCGGGACCAACACCCCCUCUCCCAUGUUCCACAGGAUGGACUGCAAGUCCAACGAGGAAUGUCUGCUUCAAGGCAUAUGCAGAGAAGAAAAGUGAAAAAACUUGGUUUGAGGCACAUGCCUUUUGUAAAUCAAUUGGAGGAGAUCUGGCUUCUUUUCAUAAUAAACAAGAGUUUCAGUUACUAAACCAACUAUUAAAUUAUCGAUCGAGCUGGAUUGGUUUAAGAAUUGUGGAUUCCAGCCCAGAAUACACUUGGAGUGACGGGUCUCCUGUAAACUAUGAACCAAUAUUAACUUGGUAUUCAGAAAGUGAAAAUAAUGAAAGAUGCAAAUUAAUAUGGGGGAAUACUAGAUUUUGGACUGCAACCAGAUGCAGGCGGUUACAAUAUUGGAUCUGUCAAAUUACAAAAGGUUUAACCAUACCAACAGACCAACCAGUCGACAACUUUGAAAAUUCUUAUAUAAAAAUUGAAGAUGGAUGGAUCAGAUAUGAAAACAAUGAAUAUUAUUUCAGUAAAAAAACAAUGCCUGCAGAAAAAGCCCGGAAGUUCUGCAAACAACAUCAUGGUGAUCUUACCACCAUUGACAGUAAAGAAGAAAAUAAUUUUUUGUGGAAAUAUAUCUUCUAUCAUAGAAGGUAUUAUAAUUCUUACAUUGGUUUAAUCUUGGAUCUUGACAAAAAAUUCAGCUGGAUGGAUGGCAGUCCAGUGACAUAUGAAGCCUGGGCCUCUGGUGAACCCAAUUUUGCAAAUGAUGAUGAAAACUGUGUAGCUAUGUAUUAUUAUUCAGGUGACUGGAAUGAUAUAAACUGCGGUAUUGAGAAAACAUUCAUCUGCGAGAGACACAAUAGCUCUGUCCGUUCAACUGCAGCGCCCACAUUACCUGCCACUCCAAAAGGCUGCAGUGAAGGCUGGCUUUGGUUUAAUGACAAGUGCUUCCAAAUGUUUGGCUUCGUAGAAGAGGAGAAGAAAAACUGGAGUGAUGCACGUGCUCACUGCAGGAACCUUGGAGGAAACCUGGCUAGUAUACCAAGCAAAAAUGUUCAAGCUUUUCUCACAGUGCAAUUAAAAAGUGCUAGUGGUAAUACUUGGAUUGGAUUGACUGACAAGAAUUGGUAUGGACAUUUCGUCUGGACUGAUGGGAGUGGAGUCUACUUUACAAAUUGGGCUAAAGGGUCACCUCGUUCAUACCAUGGUGACUGCGUUUUUAUGGUGACAAAACCUGAAAGGCUUGCAGGAUAUUGGAGAGUUGGAUCCUGUUCUUCUAAGAUGACCUACAUCUGCCAAAAAAAUACUGGUCCUGAACCUUACUCUGAACCAACGGUUCCAGCAUCUCACUAUAUCAGUUAUGGAAAUAGCAGCUAUUCUAUGGUUGGUCCCAAGAUGACCUGGGAAGAAGCACGGAAGAAAUGUGAAUCUGAAAAUUCAAAACUUGCCACCAUUUCAGACCCCUAUGCAGAAUCAUUCAUAUGGCUGCAAGUGCUCAGAAACAAGGAGCCUGUAUGGAUUGGACUAAGCAGCGAAGUGAGUAAUCCUGGGUAUAAGUGGAUAAGUAAACGGAGGCUAGCAUACACUAACUGGGCUGCCGAAGAACCAAGGAAUAACACAGCCUGUGUCUACCUAGAUAUUGAUGGUUAUUGGAAAACAGGAAACUUCAGUGAAAAGCAUGUCUCUGUUUGCGAGAGAUAUAACGGUAUAAUAUCAACUGAGAGGCCACAAUCAGCAGGAAAAUGCCAAACUUCCAAAAACAGAGACGAACCUUGGAUUCCUUUUGGAGAUUAUUGCUAUAAAUUUUACGUUUCAAGGGAAUCUUGGCCAAAAGCAGCCUUGACGUGUAAUCUGAUAGGUGGUACCUUAACUUCAAUCAAAGACUCAGCUGAAUUACACUUUUUAAAAGAAGAAAUGGAAAUACAUGGAUCUAUGGAGUUUUGGAUAGGCUUAUAUUCUAAUCAUGAAGGAGAAUGGUUAUGGCAAGAUAAAAGUAACGUUGCUUUUGUCAACUGGAAUAACCAAGAUGAUGACAGAGAAAAUGAUAGAACCGAGACCUUAAAUAGCCGAUGCAUUUAUAUGAAUAGUAAAUCUGGACUUUGGUUCGAAAGCUAUUGUGGAUCUUAUACAUCAAGAUCAUUUAUUUGUAAAAGAAACAAAAUUAUUGAAGAAUCAGCUGUAAACCCUACAAAAACAGUGCAGAAAAGAGUGGCACCUCUACCGACACAUGGCACAGCUGUGGGAUUAGUUAUCCCAGUUAUCCUCAUAAUCAUCGGUGCAGGAAUCGCAGCCUAUAUUUUCUAUAGAAGAAGAAACAGACCACAACAAGUUUCUGCUGGAUUUGACAAUUCUUUGUAUAAAGACAAUGUGAUUAUUCUUCAUAAGGAUUCACAAUCUCUUGCAGACAAUGAAGAAUUAAAUUAACAAAUAUAACUGGCAUCUUGCUGUGGAUAAGGCCCAUUGGAUAUAAUACAUUUAAAAUUCAAGGUUUUGAAUGACACUGUUCAUAAAUUAAUACUUUAAAAUAUUUGGAAAAAUUUAGACCUUAUUAACAAUAUAUAUUGGCCAGAUCUAUGAUA